GAAGUAAAUGAUUAUUGUUUCACUUCGCUGACGUCUCAUAACACCCACCGAACAGUUGAGUUAAUUUCAUCUAUUUUGCAACAAACUGAGAAUUUGUUGUUGAUCCUUGAUAUCUUUUAACUCUAAUUUCACCGACUGAAACAAAAUUUUAGAUUUAGAAAAAUGCUUGGCUUUGGAGGCGAAACCCCUUCAAGAUAUGAAUUGUUGAGCAUGGUGAAGAAGCACUCAAAUUUAAUUGGGAAAACUGUUGUUGAAGAUCAAGAUGCUCCUGAUGUUGAAAUGGAUAUGAAGUUUUGGCAUGAUGUUUUUGAUUUGUAUUUUCUUCGCGGUAAUGACUCUAGGGGACGCCAGGAUGAUGAUCUCGUUUUCUUUGUUAGAAAAUUGGUUUCUCGAGGUUCCAAUAACGAUGCAGACACUGUUGAUCCUUAUUUCGUACGCAGGUGGGCACCUAAGUUGAGCAGCCUAAUUGAUGAAACUUCAAUUGACGUCGAUUGGAGGCGUUCCUUUUACUUGAAUUUAAUUGCUCAUACAUCAUUCACCGUAACAGUUGCAAUUUGCAGUCAACAGGUUCUUCAAAACCAUCAAACUGGGAAGGAUACAUCUUUAUCCCCUAUAUAUAAGGUUGUGAAGACUGUUUAUGCAUCUCCAAGUCGUGUAAAUUUCCAAUUGGACUCUAAAAAGGAAGUGGAAACAACACCUGCUUAUCCAGAUAUAUGUUUUGCAAUUGAUGAUUUUGACUCCACUUUUGAUGCUGUGGUUUUGACUGAAAAAGAUCAUUGCUAUUGUGUAGUUCUUAAUGCACAUGAUGGGGUAGCAUUUCCCAGUGAAAAGGUGUCAAACGAUUGCAGUACAAGUGAUAACUCCUCACCGGAAAUUUGUACCAGUACGACUACGAAAAAAGAUACUAAGCUCACCCUUUUCUCAGGAUUUGUCAGCUAUCAGAUGGUUAGAGAUGCAUAUGAUGCUGGAAAAUCUCGAUUUGGGAGCCUUUUAUCAGGAGGUCAUUAUCAUGGCAAAACAGAUAGGAUUUACAUGAAAGGUCCUGGAGGCCGAGGGGAAGUUGAAGUAGCUGUUUCUGGUGUUGCAGAUCAAAGUCACCUGGAUUCAGAGCCACCUUCUCCAGUUAUAUCAAAGAAAGGGAUCGGGUUGGGUGUAAUUGUUCGCAGAGCUGCAAUGGUUGCAUCAGUAGCAGCAAAACAUGCUUAUGCUGCCGCCUCUUCCUCUAGCUCAAAUUUUGAUGAAAUGAUACCUUUGAAAUGCAGCUUAAUGUCCAUAUCGCUGCCUUGGGAAUAUAUAGCGUAUGAUCUUCUGUUUAAGGGAGCUCCUCCAGUGGACAUGUAAUCAUCUCAUGUAUUUCUGGGCGCAAAGAAAAUUGAAUUGGAGAUGAUAUUUUAGUUACGAAAUUCGUUUCUGAAAGUUCGUUUUGGUCAAGCUGCGCGGGCAUGCAUGCAUAGGUGGUGAGAUGAAAGUCCUUGCGGAAUUUGGAUCUGCUCAACUGCUUAUAACUAUUCACUGAUAUGCAAGUUGUAUAAGCUGGAUUAUUGUUAAUUUCCUUGCUGCCAAUUACCAAGUUCCCUAAAAGUUAAACUCAGUUUUUUUAAGCAAAAAAGUUGUGUAUCACUUUUUAAAAGUACGUAUAUAGGCUAAAGGAAAAGCACCUAAAUUGAACUGUUA